GUCAUCUGGCAAGGCAGUGGGCUCCGAGUCAACUGGCAUGACCGUGGGCACUGGGGCAGACAUUGAAUCGUCUGGCUGGACAGCGGGCAUCGGGUCACCAGGCAUCAGGUCAUUUGGCUCGACAGCGGGCACUGCGUCAUCUGGCAAGGCAGUGGGCUCCGAGUCAACAGGCACGACAGUGGGCACCGGGUCAACAGGCAUUGGAUCGUCUGGCUCGACAGCGGGCAUCGGGUCAUUUGGCUUGCCAGCGGGCACCGCAUCAUCUGGCAAGGCAGUGGGCACCGGGUCACCAGGCAUUGGAUCGUCUGGCUCGACAGCGGGC